AAAAGGGAGCGUAGGUGUUUUAAUUACCUUGGUGCAUUCAGUUUGGAGAAGCGUUGGUGAGAGCUACACACGCAGAAACAUGCUCGCUCUGAAAAUUGGAAACUUGUGCUAACUGAAUUCUGGAACACUGGAGAGGCAGCCGGGUUUUCACCUAAGGGCGGUCUGCUGGAAAUGAGUUGUUUCCUGCAUUAAAGCAUCGUUUGAACUUUGAACUAUGAACUUUUAAAUAAAAAGAAAAAAAAAAGGAAAAUUCAAAUGGAAACUACUGUUGUUGCGUCAUCUCCUUGAGUGAAGUCCAGUGCCUUAAAACUCCACCAGAGUUCACACCCUUUUCAAGUUGGGGAAAAGUGCACAAACCAACUAACCAAACAAAUAAAUCAACCAAACAAAUAAACCAAACCAACAAGCAAGCAAAACUUGACAGUGGAAAACCGGGAGUCCAGGAACUGGAACCGGAAGGGAACCCAUCCAGCCAACGAAGCAGAGCAGAGCCCUAACGACCAAGACCUGGCCAUUAAGGAUACUGAGCCAGGUGCUGGAGGGAGAAUCAGGAGCCUGACCGCUGUUGCCUGGAAAAAGGAGAAGGAAAAAGAAAAAGACAGAGAAAAGAGAGGAGAGAUCAAAAAGAUUCACCUUGCUGUCCAUACCCAACCUGCAGGGGAAGACAUGUCAAAGACCGCGGAGGAGUUGAAGAGGGAUCGGGCCGUGGCAAAAAGGGCAUUCACCCGAGUAGCGAACUCCUUGCAGAGGACGUUCAAAGACAAGUCAGCGGAGGAGCUGGAAGGUUUGUUCAAUACCCUCUCAAAAGCAGCAGAAAAGGUUUGGGAAGCCAACGAUGAUCUGGAGGCCAAGCUCCUUGAAGAUAAAGAGGAAGAGGGUGAUGCGAUCUUGGAUGAGCGUCAAAAGGUUGACCUAUCAAGGACCGCUGCUGAAUGUGAGGAUAAAAUGAACGAGAUCAAAAGUCUGCUCCAACAGGUGCUGUGGUCGAAUGCUGCAGAGGUAGAGGUGCUUACUGCACUCCAGAUGGCAGAGAUCGAAGGAAAACGUACAGCUUCAGUAGACCCCAACAGCAAUCUAGAGGGCUACGAGUUCCUGCUUGCACACUUCCGAGACCUCACCGCAGCAGAAAAGGUCUCCUUUGAGCGGUGGAAGAGAUGGGCCCCAGCUGGACGGAGUCAGGAAAUCCAGGACCGGCUGAGAGAGCUAAACCAGCAAAUCCCUAUGCUCACGUCCAGAAAAGCAGACUUCAUUUACCAGAGACUGAAACAAGAGCAGCAUCAAGUCACCUCAAUCUCACAGAACCCAACCACCCCUGCUGUUAGACUGUGACCAACUGCACUCCCAAAGUUCUCUGGCAAUAAGCGAGACUUCCAUAGAUGGAGGAAAGAUUGGGAGGCUCUGCAGAAGCAAGGUGAGCCCUCAGGCUCCAAAGAGGUGAGGAAGUUCCAGCUGCUGGAUAUCCUGGAGGAGAGGAUCGCUCGGGACUUGAGGCUUACCAGCUAUCAAGAGGCAGAUGAUAUCUUCCGCAUUCUGGAGAACCGCUUUGGCAAUCAAACCGCCAUUGCUAUCGAGAUUGUGGAGGAGGUGCAAAAAAUGCCGGCUGUUAAGAACCAUCAACCAAGUAAAAUAGUGGAACUCAUUCAAACAGUGGAGAAGGCUCUGCAAGAUUUGUGUGACCUCGGAGACACGGGUGCGAUUAAGAAUCCCCUUGUCACAAAGUCCAUUGAAAGCAAGCUCCCUGAUACCCUGAAGAAAGAAUGGCUGGUGCACGCAGCAGAUGGCCAGAACAAAGUGGUCCCUGGCAACCGGUUCGACAAUCUGCUGGCCUUCCUUAAAAAACAAGAAGCCAUCUAUGAGCAGCUUGAGCACUUGAAGGAGGAGGAGCCAAAGAGGGACGCACGAGCCAAGCCAAGGCACGCGAGGACCAGAGCCACCAAGUCCAGCGAUGAACCUACUGGAUGUGUUGUCUGUGGUGACAUAAAGCACAAAAGGAAGCUGUUCUUCUGUAAGAAGUUCCAGGCCCUGAAACCAGCAGAGAAGGGUGCUGCUGUUAAGAAGCUGGGGGCGUGCGAAAGGUGCCUGGAGGUGCAUGACAGCCAAGCGUUCUGCAAGCCAACGUACCUCUGCAGACAAUCUGAUUGCAAGGAUGGACGCCGUCCAGAGCACCACUACUUCCUCUGCUCAAAUGCUGCUGCUCGAACUACUGCUGCACUGAGAAGGAAAGAUAACCUCAAGGCAGGGAGGAAAGGAUGCACUGCUGAGCAGGAGGACUUCAUUAGCAGCCUGCCCACAGAGCUUGCAGUGCGGUGUCGAGAUGUGUUUUCCAACUCUGCCUCACGGACUCUUAAUACAACAAGGGAACCAUCAAGCCUCCUCAUGCAGCAUGGUUUGAGAGAACUGCCAGUCAUAAUGAUGCUCCUUCAGGUGACUGCAAAUGCUGGGCAACAGAUUGGCACCCUGAUUGACUUGGCCUCUGAUACGAAUUAUAUCACCCACAAGGCAGCAGACAGACUCAACCUCCAUAGUGAAGAGAUGACCCUCGUCGUCCACGGUGUUGGAGGGAUGAAGGUCCAUGUGCAGACAAAAAGGUACCUGUUGAAGAUCAGGGUGAAGACCUCAAAAGGUAGCCUCCAGUCUCACCAGUUGGUCUGUUACGGACUAGACAAUAUUGCAGACAUCCAAUGUGGCGUAACUGCAGAACAGCUGCACCGAUUAUUCCCUGAUGUACUCAUAAGAGAGCUCACUAGACCCAAAGAAAUUGACCUUCUGAUAAGCCACAGAGAGGGCAAGCUGGCACCACAGUGAAUCAGGGUUAUUUGAGAUCU